UCUUAUGGUGGAGAAUUAAAGACACGUGGAACCAAUACCACCUUAAACAAAGUCUGAGGCACCCAACUAGCUAGCAGCUCAUUGUUCCAUUCCCACUAAGGAAUUCCCUCUUGUCAUGGCGGAGUCCCUUCAAAGGUAUGCGGUUGUCACUGGGGCAAACAAGGGGAUUGGACUGGAAAUAUGUAGGCAGUUGGCCUCAAAAGGGGUCAUGGUGGUUUUAACUGCUAGAGAUGAGAAAAGGGGUCUUGAGGCUCUUGAAAAGCUGCAAGACUCUGGUCUCUCAGACCAUCUAGUUUUUCACCAGCUUGAUGUGGCAGACCCUGCUAGCAUCACUCAUCUGGCAGAUUUUGUGAAAAACAAAUUUGGGAAGCUUGAUAUCUUGGUGAAUAAUGCUGGCAUAGGGGGAAGUGAAGUGAACAAUGAAGCUUUAAAAGCUGCAAACAUUUCUGGUACUGAGGAAGAUGUGCUAACCGUUUGGAGUAAAGUGCUGACUGAAACUUACGAGGUAGGAGAAAAAUGCCUGAAAACAAACUAUUAUGGCGCUAAAAGAACAGUUGAAGCGCUUGUUCCCUUACUCCAGUUAUCUGACUCUCCAAGGAUUGUUAAUGUUUCCUCUGGCAUGGGCAAGUUAAAGUAUAUACCGAGUGAACAGUUCAAAGGAGUAUUUAGGGAUGCUGAUACACUAGAGAAAGUUGAUGAGUUAGUCACUGAGUUUCUAAAGGAUUUGAAGGAGGAUUCAUUAGAAAGUAAAGGUUGGCCAACUGUUCUUUCUGCGUAUUCAGUCUCAAAAGCAGCCAUGAAUGCCUACACAAGGAUUUUGGCCAAGAUGUACCCAGACUUCUGCAUCAACUGUGUUUGCCCUGGUUUUGUCAAAACAGAUAUAAAUUUCAAUACUGGUAAGUUAACUGUUGAAGAAGGUGCUGUGACUCCUGUUAAGUUAGCACUCUUGCAGAACGGUGGUCCUUCUGGCCUAUUUUUCGUUGAGGGUGAACCUGCACCGUUUUGAUUGAGAAUAACAAUGAAAACUCAUCAGAGAGGUGAAACUAGUACGUGGGGACUUUGUUCACAGUCUCUCUUUUUCAUUAAGUAUAAUAAGAAUGCUUUUAAAAAUCCUGUUGCUGUAAUUUUUCUUUGCAAAACUUAACGCCCAUGUAUGUCGAAAUAUUUAUGAAAUAUGGUCAAGUUGUUUGUUCUGUUCUGAUUUGAAAAGCUAUAAAUUUAGCUACGUUAAUGUCUGU